AUGACUAUGCAAGGUGCCAGGCAAUACUCAAUCGCAUUUUCAGACUUGGUUCUCGCCAUAUCGGCGUUCUAUAGUGCGUCGAAGUUGCAGUUCGCAUCCCCCUACUCCGCCCUGGGGUUUUGUCUAGUGGGUUCUGCCGCCCUGCUAGGCGUCCUAAGGUUUGGUGUGGCGAUUCCUCGGUACCAUUAUAACGUCUGUCAGUGGCACAGCUUCAUGUCCCAAUUUGCCACCAUUGUUGGAAUCCCCCUUAUAACAGCAGGCAUGUGUGUUCACCAUCACCACCAUGACUACGCCCAGAUCUGCCUGGUAGGUUGUGCUGCAGGAUUCAUAGUCUCAAUUGUCUUGCCCAACCUACAGGAGACCAUGGCCCAAGCCUGUAGCACAUUUGCAGUACUUGGGCUGAUCUACAUUACCUUUGUGAACAAGAAUGCUUUUGCGUUGGGUGGUGGAGCUGCUUAUGCUGUCUCAGGACUGUUAAAGGGGCAGUAUAGUGUGUUGGGCAUUAGAGGUAUCAACAUGUUUCACUACAUGCUAGCUGCAGGCAGUCUGUUAAUUAUGUAUGGUCUGCUGCACUCGAGAAAUUAGAGGUGCUUUCAUUAGUUAGUGGCUACUCGAGUAGUUGGACAUUUUUAAUAGUGUACCACACAGCAUUGCUUUAUAUACACAGUGAAAAAAAUGAGAUUGAUAAGUAAUAAAAUUUAAACCUUAACACAGAAAAACAUUUCCAGUGCUAUGUUACUGGAAGCUUUCAUAAUUUGGAGAUGUACAAAGAAUAAUUUUAGAUAAAUAUAGGUUAUAUUAUCUUGUAGCUAUGUUUUUAUAUAUAAUUUUUAUCAUAAUUGAGUGGCUAAAAGGCUUAUAUUGUAAAGUAAUGUAAAACAGAGUGAUAAAAGAUAGAAAUACCAAGGAAAUAAGAUUGGUGAAGAAAGAGACAAUUAAUAGAUUAGACACUUUUUCCCAGGUCCACUUCCAUUAUCAUAUCAUACUAUCCUUGAAGAAGCAGCAUCUUAACCUUUAAAAUGUUAUUAAAUAAUUACUACACCAAAUGGUGAGGGUGACAACUUAAUUCAAAUUAAUCAACAACAAAAAAUGUUAAUACUUAUCAAAAAGUUUAGAACGGACAAAGAGUUAGACUACUGAAUUUAAAUUUAUCGACACCAUCUUUUUAUGUUGGUAUUUAAUUAAAAUGUUCCGACCAAA